AUGCGUAUAAUUCCGAUCCCAAUUUUUGAGCAUAAUUACUCUUACCUUAUAAUUGAUAACAAGGCGAACGAAGCCGCCGCAGUUGAUCCAGCUGAACCACAAAAGGUUUUGGCUGUUCUAGCUCAAACCGGAGCGAAAUUAACAUCGAUCUUAACGACACAUCAUCAUCAACGUCAUUCUUCUGGAAACGUUGAGUUGGUAUCAGAAAGACCCACUCUGGCCGUUUAUGGCCAUGACGCACGAAUUCCAGAGUUGAAUUACGUUUGUAAGCAUAAUGAAGAAUUCACGGUCGGCACAUUAAGAAUACGUUCGCUACAUACACCGUCUCACACAAAAGGUAGUGUUUGCUAUUAUGUUCGAGAUGUUAAUGAAAUGAAUGAAGAAAUAGAGAGAGCCGUAUUUACUGGUGAUACAUUGCAGAAUGGCGGAUGUGGAAAAUUUAUUGAAGGUGAUGCAAAAGACAUGUACAAUGUCCUUUAUAACAUAUUAGGACAAUUACCUAAGGACACAAAGGUUUAUGGUGGUCACGAAUGUAUGUUGACAAAUCUUCAGUUUGCGAAUACGAUAGAUACAAAUAAUUACUUUAUUCAAGAAAAAUUGAAAUUGUCACAAUCUAAAAACUGCAAUGUGCCCAGCACCAUCGAAGAAGAAUUAAAAUAUAAUCCUUAUUUGCGGCUUUCUGAGCCAUCAAUUCAAAAUGCAUUAGGAAAAUCAAAUCCUCAUGAAGCCAUUCAUGUUUUGAGAGAGCUAAAUGAUAACUUUAUUGGAAAAAAUAUCGAAAUCGAUGGUCUGAAUGGACUUCUUGAAAUGAACUACGGGAUGAAUAAUAGACGGGAACGCCGCUCUAAAGAGUUGGAACCAAGCAGCGUUCCAUAG